AUGCACCCAGGCAAAAUGCAACGUGCCGGAUGCCAAGCGCAGCUGCUGCUGCUCCUGCUGGCGAGCCUGGUGGGCGCCUUCCCCCACGACACUCUGCGGAAGAGCUGCGGCCUCUCCAAAUACCGCUUCCUCCUGCCCUCCGAGCUGAAAGCUGUCCAAAACCUGAAGGAGCAGUUUGAGAAGACCAUGCUCUCUUCAGACCGAAAAUGCAACACCAGAGUUUUCCACAGGAAAUGGAGCACGGCAAAGCUGUCGGUGCCUGACCGCAUGAUAUUGGUGGAAGCCGAGCUGGACCUCGUCACGGCCGUCCUGGGGCGCCUGGAGGCACCUGGCCUCGCCGAGGCGCACCUGCAGCCGCUGGCCCUCCUCACCCAGGCCCAGGAGGACCUGCGGGGUUGCAUGAGCAUCGAGGCUCCCACGCACCAGCCCUCGGGGAAGCUGCGGCACUGGCUGCACAAGCUGGAGAUGGCCAAGCAAAUGGAGACCGCCGGCUGCCUGGAAGCCUCUGCCAUCCUGCACCUCUUCCAAGUGCUCAAUGACCUUAAGUGUGUAGCCCUUGGCGAGCACUGCGCCUAG